GUCACCUGCGCAGAUGCUCGCGCGCUGCUCGGUCGUGCUCGAGCCUUUCAGAUGCUCGCCGGCGUUUUUCACAUCCGCCUCCAUUUUAACAGUAAACCGACGGAUUAUGAAGAAAUCCCACCUGGAUCAGAGUUAAAUCCGGAUCAUCUUAGAUUUGCAGCGUUAUUUAUUUCCCCUCUCUCUAUCGUUCGUCAGCGGCGUUGGACAAGAGAGACGCUUUUGUUUCCCGGAGGACAGAAAGAACACGAAGUGAUGCAGCGCCGAUUUAAACCAGCAAACAACACCAUGACUGCUGUAGUAUAACACCCUCCAAAAAAGAACAAGAAAAUGUGCACAAUAACGCUAUUGAAAUGACCAAAAUGAAAUGAAAAAUUCAAACGAAAAACGAUAUUCAAUAUUCGUACAACGUCGUUCGGGCGCGAGCGUCACAUCGUAGUGAAGUUACCGACUGAACGGAAGCGCGUGAGCAGGAAGCAAGUUGGCACAAUCGAGCUACUGCAACUGAGAAUUACACACCAAGAAAGAUCAUUAACACAUUGGAACACACACAUAGCUGUCCACCCACCGACACACACACACACACACACACACACACACACACACACAUACACAGAUGGCACUAGAAAACUCCACAUUUUCUUCUCGGCCAGAGUCCCUCUCUCUGCCGGUCCCAGAGGAGAAAGGGGAGGUACCUGCUGAGGAGACCAAAGAAGAUGCUCCUGCCACUGGAGUAUUCAACAUAUCAGAUGAACUCGGGCAUGUGGUAACCACAGAGACAUCAUCUUCCCCACAAGUGCCCUCUAAUAACAACCUGUCAUUUCAAGACAAGUUGGCUGCCCGGGAAUUACAAGCCAAUCAGCACCGAAAAAAGAUACAAGUGACAGGGCAGGAGAGGGGAAGGUUUGGUUGGGCACGCAGUAAGCGCAAGAGGCAACGAUACGUUGAGAAAAAUGGCCGCUGUAAUGUACAGCAUGGCAACAUGCGCGAAACGUACCGCUACUUGACAGACAUCUUUACCACUCUGGUGGAUCUGAACUGGCGUUGCUCACUAUUUGUUUUUGUCAUGGCCUAUGCUGUUACCUGGCUUUUUUUUGGUGCUAUAUGGUACCUCAUUGCAUACUGCAGGGGAGAUCUGGAUCAUUUGGAGGACGAUACAUGGACUCCAUGCGUGAAUAACGUUAAUGGGUUUAUCUCCGCUUUCCUCUUCUCCAUCGAGACAGAGACCACCAUUGGAUAUGGUCAUCGUGUCAUCACCGAUCAGUGUCCUGUGGGCACCAUGCUUCUGCUUUUGCAAGCCAUACUAGGCUCAAUGGUCAAUGCUUUUAUGGUUGGCUGUAUGUUUGUGAAGAUCUCUCAGCCAAACAAGCGGGCAGAAACGCUGGUGUUCUCCAAGAACGCAGUCAUCUCUCUACGGGACGAUAAGCUGUGUCUGAUGUUUCGAGUCGGCGAUCUGAGGUCCUCACACAUCGUGGGAGCCAACAUGAGAGCAAAACUUAUUAAAUCUAAACAGACCCAAGAGGGUGAAUUUAUCCCCCUGGAUCAGACAGAUAUCAGUGUGGGCUUUGAGACAGGGGACGACCGCUUGUUCCUGGUGUCUCCCUUAGUCAUUUCUCAUGAGAUCGACUCACGCUCGCCAUUCUGGGAAAUGUCACAGUCACAGCUGGAAAAGGAAGACUUUGAAAUUGUUGUUAUUUUAGAGGGCAUGGUGGAAGCUACAGGUAUGACAUGCCAAGCACGGAGCUCCUAUUUGGGCGAGGAGGUGAUGUGGGGUCACAGGUUCAGCCCGAUGAUGUGCCUGGCUGAAGGAUUCUUUGACGUGGACUAUGGAGCAUUUCAUCAUACAUUUGAGGUAGACACUCCUUCGUGUUCUGCUCGGGAGCUGGCGUUAGCUGCUGCUCGUCUGGAAGCACACCUUUAUUGGUCUAUUUCCAGCCGGCUGGAUGAAGAGAAGUGGGAGGGGCCUAACCUGACAGAGCAGUCAAAAACCCAUGCUGAUUCCGAAACUGUCAGUGGAAAAGAAGGAGGCGGACCAACGUUCAUUGUUGGUGGAGUUACAGAUACCCAGGAACAGCCAGUUGUAGGGGAACAGAACGGAAGUGUCACUACAGACCAAUCAGAAACUGAGGCCUAAGGCAAAUUAAGCAAGAACGCAGGUAUUUUUAGGUUAGGUUAGAAACUUAUCAUUAUAUUUGAUUUGAUUGUGACACAAUCCAUGCCUUCUAUUUCUUCUUCUUCUUCUUCUUUUUCUUCUUCUUCAAAUCUUAACCAAUUAGCCUCAAAUGUAUAGCAUAGAAUACCUUUCCCCAACGGGGAAAUUUUAGUCACUCGGUUUAUUAGUAUUCAAAGCAGACAUCUAAAACUGUCCUGCUUUAAAUUCAGGCACUGAGUUUUCACAGCUGACCUCAGAUUUCCUGAGACAAAAAAUGACAUUCACAAAAAUUACACAGGGUAUGUUUGCUUUCAUGAUAUAUAAUCGGUCAGAUUUGUUUGUAUAUUGAAGAUACGCUAACUAUAUUACAGUUGAUGGAAAUGCCAUGUAACUAGUUGCUUCAUUAUAAUCCCUCGGGUUCUCUUCCUCAGCAUUUAACGGGAUUUAUUUUUGUUUAUUGGUAUUUAUAUCUGUUAUUCACAACACUUUAUUAAAUGCAUGAACUGGAACUAAUGGGCAUAUGAAAUGUCCCUUUUGGUUAAAACCAUAAAUCGUACAGAAUCGGUGUCCAUUAUUUUAAAAGUCACAGUCGGCCUUACAAAAAUACCUUGCACAGAUUUGAAGUUUUUCUUUAAUUUAACAGGAAUUUGUUACUUAACUAUUCUCUAGACUCUUCUUAAAUACUGUACAUAUGUUCCAGGGAUGAUGCAUCCUAAACAUUUCCCAGUAAGUACUAAACUAGGGUCAGAGAUUCAUGACUUAAAAGAAUAGUCUAAUCAAAAAAUGGUAGCAGAGCUCUAUGAAAAAAGCUAGUAGCCAUCAAUUGGCACGUCGCCACACGCAUCAUGUUAAUUAAUGGCUACUGGCUUGCAUUUAUACUAAGCUAUGUCAGCAUUUUUGCUCCUACUAUUCAUUUCAUGGCUGCACUUUCGUCUUCAGAGCUGCCAAUAAAUUUAUGAUGAAUUGCAUUGGUGAGUGCAGGCUACUCUGAUGGAACAUAUUCUGCUAAUAUUCUCGUCCAGUCUAUUCCUGGAAGCUGCCCAGAACCAAAGCAUGUCUAAUGCACAGUUUAAUUAUUCCUGUAAUGUCCUAUGGGAGGGAAACCUGGUGGUGCCUUUUCUGAUGUUUCUGGACCUUAAAUGAAAUUAGACCUCUGUGCAAUACUAUUAUAUAGCCAUAAAAUAUACCAUUCAUGAUAUAUAUCAGCAUUAAGACAGUCACAGUACAAAGGGUUGGGGGUAUGGCGAGAAAAUCUGUCAUAUUCAUUUAGAUAAAUAUGUUCUAUUGCUCAGUAACAUAUAGUAUAGAUGCAAGGAAAUUGAUGGGUAGACCACCUACAUUCUGAUGAUAUCUAAAUGGUAUCAUUCUGGUAUCUAUCUAGAUUGAGAGAAGACCUAUUACCUGAGAUGAAUGUCAUAUUUAGGCUGGCUGUUUUAAAGUUUAUCCUCUGUCAUAUUCUGGUUUGAGCACAUGUAGUAAGGGGUUUAUACUGAAAUCAGGUAAUUGUUAUUCAGAAUUGUCUACGUGCUUAAAUAGUACUCAGCAGCAAUGACAUUUGGCAAACAAAGCAUAGUUUGUCAAAGACCAGGAGCUUGAAGAUGACAUAAUCUUAACUGGGAAGUAAAGUAGUAAGUGAAAUAGCAAAUUAACAGCACAAAAAAGUAUACCUGACAAUCAGCCUUAAUAUACUCACUAUAUAUUAGGCUAGUGUUCGAUGUUUUAAACUUUGCCUUCAUGUGUUUUGUCAUAUUUGACUACAGUGAACUUUAAUUUGUCUGUUUCUAUAAUGCUACAAUAUGUUACAAUUAUUAUUUUCUCUGCUUAAAGGGGGAUUGUUUAAAAGGGGAGUCUUGUAGGUCUAAUGGGAAAAUCUGGCAACGUCAGAGAUACACAGGCCACUUCAGUAAUCAGAAUUCACUGCCCAGAAACGUAAACGUAAACACUUAUGCUAAGUUUCUUUGCAUAAAUAUCCAGAUUAUUACAAGUUCUCAAUGCAAAAUUUGGACCAGUUAUAAACAGUGACAUAUUGGUGGAUCUCUGCUAUUUUUUAUACCAUAUAAGGUAAGGUGUUAAUAUGGGCACAUCAUCUUCCGGCUUCAGAAUAUGUCGUCACAAUGUACAAUUCCUUGAUUUCUAACUUGUCAGGAAAUAUCAAACUGCCAGAUUAUCAAGCACCAGGAAAAAUCUUUCUCUGGGAAUAAAACUGUGCUGGAUUAAAUCAUGCUUUAAAAUUCCGUAAAAUACUUAUCAAACACUUGUAUUAAAGUCCAGUCUUAAAGGACAACACUUUGGUACUGGGUCUAUUUCAAGAGCUAGGGUUUCAGAAAAAAUAUGUAGUAGCAUUAGACCUGACAAAGUAACAGUUGUCUGGAAAAAUGGAAAGAUCCUCAUGGAUGUUGGUAGAAAAUAGACAGAGUCAAGAGGCAAGAGUCAUAGGACAUUAGACACAAAUUAAAUCUAACUGUAUGUUACACAUAUCAUAGCGAUCCUGUAUGAUAUUACUUGGUCAUUUGUUAUAUUUGUAAAACACUUUGCUGCUUGUAGCCAUUUUACAGUGCAUUAUGGGCAUAUGCACUGUUUCUUGAGGCACUGUGACCAUUUCGUUUAGACAGCAGACUGUCUUACUGUAUACAUGUAUACAUAUUAUAUUUAUCUAUAUAUACAGAUUUAGUUGAAUGAAAAAUGAAAAUUAAUACCAAUCAAGAAGUCUUGUUGUUGUACAUGUUAUAGCAAUCUGGACCUUUGGUAAUGUAGUGAGAACACUAACUAGACAGGGCCACUGUUAAGUGGUCUUCCUGCUACAAUGCACUGAUUUAAGUUAAUUAAAAACUAAAAAGAGGAGACUUGGAGCAUGGAAACACUAGGUGUUUUUGAGCAAAAUUUAUUUGGGUUUUAGGUGCUCUGAAAAAGAGUGAUUUAGAGAAAGUUGAAUAAGUAGAGUAGGAGCAUUUAAAACCGAGCGCAUUCAUUCUUCUAACGCAAGAUUAAUAAGCUGCUUUGUACGUUUUCUUUGGUAUGAGAUGUCCUUGACACUACUUUGGUAAUUCUUGAUUGUGCUUUUAAAAAGCACUGUUUGUUAAUUAGUUUGUUAUUGUCUACAAGGCAAUUGAAAUAGAAAAUCCUUUCUCCAUGACACUUCUCCAGUCCUUACUGUUAAAAUUAUGUAUGUUUGGCAAACAUGCAGCAUUAUGACGAUAAUCUAUAUUCAAAAAUGUUGAGGACCAGAAAGUCAACAGAAAAACAGUUCAGAAGUCACGGAUGCAAUGGGAUUAAUGCACGAUAAAAUUUUACAGUGCUACAAAGACACAGCAGGCUACAGUACAUAGACAAAUGAGUCAAAGAGUGACACAGAACAGGUGACCACUAUCAGGUAACAACCUGUUGAUAGUUGUGGCAUUUUUUUCCUCAUAAUGCCAAAACAAACUGAAAUUACUCUCUCUUUUGAUCGUAUAGAUAAAAGCAAUACAUCAGUCGAAUCUGUAAAGGGUCUACUUUUAUUUGUAUACACUCAUAAUAACACCAAAAUUCUGUGCUUUAAAAAAAUAAGGAAAACAGACAGGGCGCUCUCUGCUCUCUCUGUCUCUGUCAUCUCUCUUCACAGACACAUAAAUCCAAAAUAAAACAAACUAAAUCUCAGUGAAUACUUGCCUCACAGACAUAAAAAAUAUGAGUAGAAAGCUCAAAAUGUGGUGUAAUCCGUAAGUUAGAAGAGGUACAGUUUCUUUGGUAUCACCUCAUUAACCAUCCGUGUGGAAACCUAGCAAAGGUUCCGUUUGGUGUCUUAAUUUACAUAUCAGCUUAAUGAUUUAUGUACUUUAAAAACACCAUAAUAACUUAAGAAUAAUUUGUCUUUAUGCUCUAUGUUGAGUUUGGUUUUACUGACAAAAAACAUAAACAUAAACAUAACACUUGCAUAAAGCAUUCAUAUUUGUCCAUGCCCAUGUUGAUUAUAGUAUUAAAAACAU